GUAUUCAAUGUACAGCCAUGUACAAAUGAAACUAAGAUUGCUUUUAUCAAGAUUGUAUGAUAGUCUCAACACGAUGCUUAGACCAGAAAGGUUAAGUCUCACCAGAUGGCAGGCCCCAACGCUGACUUCUGGGCGGAUCUGUCCAAUUAAGCAUCCGGAAAUGGUCGUAGAAGAACGCAAUACUAGAGUUACCAUCCCAAUGUUGAGUUUCCCAACAACAGGAGCCCCCAAGUAAUAUUUUCUGUAGGCGCUUACCCCAGAGAUCCAUCAGCGUCCAACUACAUAUCCUCGGGUCUGUAUCCUGGCUUCCAACUCACAGCCACAAUUGCAACUUGUUGGAAGCGGAAGAAUAUACUUUAAGAAGGGUUGUCUCAGUUUGCAGUAGCCCCAUUCUAAGACUUCCUCAGCUCAAAACUAAGCAUAAAAUACUCCCCUUCUUUAAAACCUCCCUAGUUUUUACUGAUGCCUUCCGUCAUAUUCAUUGCCGUACUCUUCGGUCUUUCAAAUCUCGUUUCUUCUGUUCCCACAUGUGCAGAUUGUGAGGGAUGGACAACACGCUCUAUGAGUACCCCGGCGUACCUCAUUACUAAUUUCAAAAUGGCAUGUGCCGGUGGAACUUUUCUCAAAUGUACUGGUGAAGCGCCAUACUCUAUGAUAAUAAAUUACACACCUCCUGAUGCCAACAAAGAAGAGCAAGGUCCAGCGGUGUUUGAUGCGUUGUGCUCUGGAUUGACUGGUUCCACGACGGACUAUGUGGCAUGCGAUGCUCCAUAUAGCUGGGUAACUACUGCGAUUGGGGAUGCUGGAUAUGUAAAGAUUAGGAUGGAGUUUGAGGCGAAUGGACAUCGUUGGGAUGGUAAAGGGGCGUAUUCCAUAGAGGGAGUUGAAGAUAGUUUUCUGAUAAUGCCGGAUUUGUCGAGGGAUUAGAUCAAACUUUAGUAAUCUAUGUUAGGAAAGACUUCUUUGGUGGUUGAAACAAACGUUAGAGUUGGAGGACUUUUGGGAGUUAUAUUAUUUAGAAGAACCGGCUUCGUCGCACUUAAAAUCGACAUAUCCAAGUUUCAACUUUCAACUAACAUGUUCAAACUCUGCCCUACGCAGGAUGAGACUUCUUCAAAGCCAUUUUCCAACCCUAGGUCCGUGGAAGGAUAACCUGUGCGUGAACCAAGCUCUAUUCUUCAUCCUCCAUUCGAGAGGUGCGAAUCAGUUUAAAUAACCGAUCCUUCCGAAGGAGCAAUCGAUUACCUCGUUCUGAAAGAAAUCUCGACCUUUCCUGGUUGACA